UUGGUUUACAAUCGGCUCAUCAUGGCAUCUAAUUUUAUAAAGAUCUACCUAGAUAACAAUGCAACUACUCCAUUGGAUGAUAGAGUAAAGUCUGCAAUAACUGAUGCUCUAGAUCUAUGGGCAAAUCCUUCGAGUAAUAAUGAAAAUGCAUUGAAGGCUGCUGAUGCAAUUCUAGAAGCAAGAAGUCAUCUCGGAAAAAUGUUCAAUGUAGAUGGAGAAUGUGUUGUAUUCACUUCUGGUGGUACAGAAUCUAAUAAUUGGGUUAUUGAAGGAACUAUAAGAAAUGCUAAGAAAGUUUCAAAACUUCCACAUAUUAUCACUACAAAUAUCGAGCAUCCGUCAAUAUUGGAACCAUUGAAGAGAAGAGAAGAGGACGGAGAAAUUAGUGUCACAUAUGUCUCUAUAAACCCUUUGACUGGUUUUGUUACUUCUCAAUCAAUUCUUGAUGCACUGACAUCCGAUACUUGUCUGGUAACAAUAAUGUUGGCAAACAACGAUACUGGAGUUCUCCAACCCGUAUCUGAAAUCUUUCAAGCUAUUCGUGAAAAGUUAAAAACCAAUGUCCCAUUUCUCCAUUCUGAUGUUGCACAAGCUGCAGGAAAGAUCCCAGUUAAUGUUCGAUCGUUGAGUGCCGAUGCGGUUACUGUAGUUGGUCACAAGUUUUAUGGACCGAGAAGUGGAGCGCUGAUUUUUAAUCCGAAAUCUAAAAGGAUUCCUCCAAUGUUAUUAGGUGGAAACCAAGAAUCUGGAUGGAGAAGCGGAACUGAAAAUACUCCGAUGAUUGUUGGAUUGGGAGAAGCUGCAAAAGUUUACAAUGAAGGAUUUUUGAAUAUUGAGAGUAUUCUACGUCAGAAUAGAGAUUAUUUUGAAGAACUUUUACUGAAACGACUUCGAAACUCGCACAUAAUUCAUUUUAUUGGAUCCCAGAGACUUCCAAAUACAUCAAGUGUGGCUUUUCUGGAUUAUCCAUCCCAUGGCUGUGAUCUGCUGGAAAAAUGUCAAACAUUCAACGCUUCAACUGGUGCAGCUUGUCACAAAAACGAGUGUAGUCCAAUUCUCAAAGCUUGUGGAAUUCCGUUUGCAGUUGCGUCCAAGACUGUCAGAAUUAGUUUUGGAAGAUCAACAAAAAUAGCUGAAAUUGAGACGGUUGUGGAUGAGCUUGUGCAGUUGUGCUCCCCGUCUUAAGAAGAACAGCCGCAAUAACUAUUUUCAUGAAAUUUUAUGCAAUAAAUUAUUUAUACACUG